AGAACAACAAUGAACAUGGAAAUGGAGCCUCCUUCUAACCUAGAUUCGGAUUUGGUGACUCGUUCACUCAACUUUCAUGGACAACUUUUGCAGAAAGCGUGGGAGGCCGAGCGGGGAGAAGGGGAUCUGCAGAAACAUAAUGUUAACAAUCUAGAUUUUGGAAUCUACUCUCAACGUCAGAAACAUUUGAGUUUUCAAGACCGAGGAAAACGGCUGAAGCUGCAUCAGUUCAUCAGCAAACGAGCCAAUGUGUUGUUUGAUACUUCUCUCAUUGAAAAGGACAAGGCAAGCCCACCAGCCUCGGAACCUGGACAUUACGCUCUCUUGCCAGCUUUUGAGACCUUCCUUAAUCUUGACAAGACAAGCAGAACUCAACAUUUUCUACAGUGUUUGAGGCCAAAAGAUGUGAUCAUCUCCAGUAUCACCCACAAGGCUAAUUCUGGACUUUCGCUGAAGGUCUUGUGUUUAGAUGGUGAAUGUGCUCGCUCAGUUUCUGAUCUCAAUAUUAAAGCAUUCUGCCCAACAUCGAAUCUGAUCUCUGCUGUAGACAAGAAGAACAUUCCUCGUACAUUCAUGCUGAACGACCUUGUGUGUUGCGAGGUUCUGGAAGUGAUACCUGACUCUGAGAAGAUUAUUUGUGGCAUGAAGGGUGUGCAUGCAUCUGACCAUAAGGCUCGGCUUGGUCUCUUCCAUUCUGAUGAGUUUCCUGAAGUUUACAAGUUGUCCCAGGAAUCAAAGAACGAACCUUACGAAGAGAUGUUGGAGAAGACUGUGGGGUUCCACAACCCGAGCAAUGUGACCUGUUUGGCUGCAGUAAUGGGACUGGGCAACUUGCAUCACACCAAUAUAGUUUCACUCAAAGGGCGAUUCCCAGAAGCGGAAUACGCAAGUGAGUUGCGCAGUGUGCAAGCGGCCAAGUGGGCAUUCCGCAGUGUGGCUGAUGGAAUUGAACACUUCAAGGCUGGCCGUGUCACUGAGGCCUUCCAAUGUCUCAACAAGGCGUUAAGCAUUGAUGCAAGCAACAUCGAGGGUCUGGUAGCUCGUGGGGCUCUGUUUGCAAACAGCGGAAGUUUCAAGAAAGCUAUUGAAGACUUUGAGUGUGCCCUGAAAUUGAACCACAGUCACGCAAAUGCAAGAAAGUACAUGGGAGAAACUCUUGUGGCAUAUGGAAGAAGCUUCGAGGACCAGAACCAGAUGGAAGAGGCGCUGAAAUGCUACGAGAAGUGUCUUGAAGUGGUGCCAUAUCACGAGGAGGCCCACAACUCCAUAGAGUUCAUCAAGGCCAAGUUAGCCAAUGGUUCUGUGUCACUGACCGAUGGACUGGUGACCGGACUGGCUACCACCAAGGCACAAGGCGUCAAAGACACACUGAAACAUCUGCUGGGCACAGAGCCGCAGACCAAGGAUGAUGUCACAGGGAGCACCAAGAAGAAGAAGAAGGAGAAAAAAGCCAAGAAACACAAAAGGCAUUCCUCCUCCAGUAGCAGUUCCUCUUCCUCUGGUAGUUCCAGCUCUUCUUCUUCAUCCUCAUCCUCAGACUCCAGUUCUGCUUCAUCCAAUGAUUCUCAUCGCAAGAAGAAGCACAAGAGCAGGAAGAGUGAGCCCAAAGAGAAGUCCCUGUCUCCUCUCAGCAAACGCAUGGCCAUCAUGGACACAUCAGCUGCUGAGACUGAUGGUGCACGAGGAUCACACUACAACCCUCCUGCAAUGCCGUAUUCGUUUUCUUCUGUUGCAGCUGAACAAACAACAUCUGUGGCUUCUGCGUAUCCUGCAUCGGCCAAGUCCGACAAGGAGUCUGAGUAUGAGCAGAGAGUGUGCAAGUUCCUGGAGCAAACCAAGGGGGACUCCGACUAUGAGGAGAAAGUCCGCAAGUUCCUAGAUGAAACUGCCAAAUGGAAGAAAGAACGUAAAGCAAUGGAAGAGAAAGCUAAAAAGAAGCGCAAGAAGGAGAAGAAAGCUCGUAGUAAGAGCAAGAAGAAGAAGCGUGAUGAACGCAAGAAGAAGAAAAUCAUGAAGGAGCUAGAAGAGAAGAAAAUACGAGAAGUGUUGCGUAAACAGAGACGUAGAAGUAAUGUUGACGAAGAAGAUGAAUUCUUGUAUGGAGAAAAACCCGAUCUCAGGUUAAGUUUACCAGAUUUAGAAGAUCUGCAGAGUAAACUCAGUUACUAUGUGAAAGUUGAAAAAGGAAAUUCAUCCAAAAAGAAAGAGAAAGCUAGCAGUGUCGAACAACUUGUCGCUGUAUCUCAAGCCAAAGCUAAAGCCAGUUCUCCUAAGAUACUUUACCUUCAUGAUGAAGAGAAGGAGGAAGCCCGGCAAAGAAAAAUUGAUAAAAAGAAGAUGGACAUGUUUGAAGAUUCACCACCACCAUCGAGGUCACAGGAUGCAAAGAACGUACCAUUACCAUCGGCUCCUCCUCCCCCCUCUUCGUCCAAGUUCAAAAUGCAGAUAGGCACUGCCCAGAACAG